AUGGAGGGACAAUGCCCGUCUGACGAGUUCACAAAAUGUGAUUUGGUCCCCGAGGGGGAGAUGGAAAUGAUGGAUACCGUUGCGAAGAGGAGUGACGGGGGAGGUGAACUGGCGAAUGCUGUUGUUGAAAGGAUCGACACUCAGGGGGAAAGGAAAAAUCUUUACACUGGAAGAAGGCUCUACCCAGGGGGGGGAAGACCCUCUCAUGGAGGAAGAAGCCCACACCGAGGAGGAAGGCGCUCCUCCUACAGAGGGAAAAAUCCUUCCCAUAAUAAAGCACCCAUAGAAGGAAUAAAUGACACAACCAAAAUAUCCAAACUAUGUGAACUGAAAGAAUAUUCACAAUUAGGGGAUCAAAGAAAUAGCGUUUUAGCAAAUUUUAAUGAACUUUAUGGAGCAAAAGGGCAUACCAUCACAAAAUCUUUGAUGGAGAUUUUUCACUUAAAUGAAGAGGAAGAAAUUAUUCUGUUCAUUCUUCAAAAGUUUUUACACAUAUAUGGAUUAUGUGUCCCUUGCUUCAAAUUUAGCAGUCCAAAUAAUUUAUGUAGCAACAACAUAAAGUGCAGAUGGUGCCACCAUUAUAAUCACACGGAUAAGGAUUCUGCUUUGCACCCUCAUAAGAUGUUACACAUGAGAAAUAAAUGUAAAGUCUGUUCAUACUUAUCUAGAGAUGGUUUUUGUUUACUCCAAAAUGAAUGCCAUUUUUGCCAUUCCGUUGAACAUUUACCGCCCAAAGUACGACACUCAUAUUUUCGCAUGUUGAAUGAUUUGUAUGCAAAGAGAAAACACACAGAUGUCAUUACGAAAGAGUUGCUUCACAGUUUCCAAAAGGGGAAGAACAGCACUUCUCAUCGGAACCUUUUUGUUACCAUGGAUAAGGAACUCAUGUGCUUGUAUGACGACGGUCAGGGGAAAAGUACUGUCGAAGAACGUGGAGAAAAUGGCAGUGAGGGGAUGCGAAAAAAGGUGGAAACAUGUUCUGAGUGUGAUACACACGGGAAAAAACCAUGUAGGAGUUACUUCCUUCUGGGGGAUGCGGAAGCCACCUGCAUGGACAAUGGCAAUUGCCCAGAUUGUCACAGCGAGGCGCACAAAAAUAAAAACUCUAGUUUAUACUUUAUGACAUACCUUCAUGACAAGAACCUUUGCCAAGUGUGUCCACACAUUAACGAGGAGAAAUGCUCAUGCGAGGGGGAUGGCGAGUAUUGUCACGACACGGACCACAUAUCCUACGGUAUAAAAAUGAAGAAUGUCCUGGGCGUGUGUGAAGCAUCUUUGAGGGGGGAAUUUUCCGACGAGCACCAACCGGGGAGAGCGGCAGCAGCGAAUGUUACGAAUGUUACGAAUGUUACGAAUGUUGCGAACGUGGAGGAUGGCCAGGCCAACGUGGCCGACUCUGCAUCCAUCAUGGCGGAGUCCACCUUCGAUACCAACGCCUCUAACCUGAGCACGGAGCGACAGUAUCAUCGGAGCAGUCACCGAAUACGCAGCAGUGUGGGGAGACACGCCCGCCCCCCAAACGGGGAUUCGCCAAUGGGCGGUUCGCUAAACGGGGAUUCACCAAGGAGGGAUUCACCAAGGAGGGAUUAUCCUGGAAGGGAAAGAAAAAAGAAUUCACACAAGAGAAGCACAUAUGUAAGUGAGUCCUCCAAAAAAUAUGCACGCUCAAGAAAUAAUAGCAGAAAUGCCCACAUAAGUACAGGAAGCAUGAACAAAGAGGAUCUUGUAGAGAGAAAAAAAAAGGAUACAGAAAUAGGAACAGGACGGUACAGAAGUUAUAGUAAACAAAAUGAGCAGCACUUAAGAAAUAAUUUGUGUGAGAAAGAUAUCUCAAAGUUUUAUGAGAAGAAUGAAGAAGAUGGAAAGGAAAAGUGUGUUUCCAGGGAGUAUGCAGACGACCCAAGUGAUCUUGAUACACACCACAUGUGCUACAGCACAAGCCACAAAGGAAAGGAACCUCUAAUUGUACAUAAUCAAGAAGAGUUUUCGAAAGGGGAGGAAGAACAAAAUGUAUUUAAAAAUUUGCACCAUGAGACGAAGAACAUUUCCUGUUCCGAUUUUGUGACAUGCACAGAGACAGAUGUAAAGGGGAAAAAUAAAAGUUUGAUAAAUGGGAAAUCGGAUCUGAAUUAUGAAAAUAUAACAGGGGAUAAUCCAUGGGUGGAAGAUAAAUCUAAAAGUAAGGAUGAUUGUAAUGGUACUGUUGGAGAAGGUAUGAUAAAUCCCCACGAUCAAGAGAUGAAAAGCGAUGAUGAUAAUAUUUGUAGGCAGCAAAAUGGAGGGAGCCAUUUAGGAAGCCAUCAUGGAAGGCACGUGGGCAGGCACUUCAAGGACGAAUACAACUGCGGAGAAAGCAAUGCCUCCACGAAUGCAGAAAAAUGCACUAACAAGGAGGGGAUAGAUGAUUACUUCGGAAAGGGCCCCUCCUCCGCCUGCACAAGUGAAAGCAACAAACGGGUGGACUCUCUGACCAAUCAGGAGGCAAAAUAUCAUUUGAACGAUCUUCAAAGUUUAAGCAAAUUGCCCCUGGACGACAUUCGAAAUUUUCAUGAUGAAGGUCAAUGUGAGGAAGACAUCGAGAUUGAGGAGAUCAGCAGCAGAGUGAAGAUUAUUCAAGAUGUACCAACACAUAAUGCACAGAGGGCGAGGGGUGUUAUCAGUGACAGAGUUAUCAGCGACAGCGUUAUCAGUGAUCGCGUUAGCAAUCACCGUGCUGGAGGAAAUCCAAGGAAGGGCCGCGCCAAUUGGAACCAAGUGGCUGGAAAAACGUGGAGGAAACAGAGAAUGAUGACGGGCGAAUUAACAGGAGCAUACUCGAUAGAGGAACACAAUUCGUGUAGAUGCAUUCCGUGUGCCUUUUAUUUUUCUACCGGAUGCAACUACGCCCUCCAAUGCAGGAACUGUCAUCAUGAGGAGCACCGCAAUACGUCCAGCCAUUUGUGCUAUUACAAGAUGCUCCAUCGAAUGAGAAAGUGUAAACCCUGUGUAGACUAUUUUAGGGGUACUUGCAAACAUAGUCAAACUGGAACUACGAGAGAAAUGGACCAAUGUGCCUACUGUCAUGACGAAUCACACAGAAAGGAUAUGGAAAGAAUGGCCAACGUGAGAAUGCGUAGGGGGAGUAUAUCGAGCCAAUCCACCUCUGGAUCGAAACGGCAGUGGCGCAGCUCAGGUAAAUCCGCUGUAAAGCCAAAGGAGCAGUUGCGCAGUUCACAUCUAUCCACAUUGGAGUUAAAAAGCAGAACACGCAGUUCAAGUCUCUCCACACUCGCAUCGAAACAGAAAGUUGUAAGAGACCCUUCCUCUUCAUCAGGAAAAUGCACACAAAUAAAUCUGGAAAGACGAAACAAGAGUACUGUAUCCAAUUCUAAUAAAAAAAAAAUUAUUCCAAAUGAAUCACAAUGUCAGGAGAAAGUUCACCUCCCCAGUAGAAGUGAAGAAAAUGAGGAGGAGGACUCCAAGGUGGGAGGUAUAAAUUGUACAUUGUCUUGCAAAGAAGGCGACAAAUAUAUAAGCAAUGGUAACGCCAUUUCGACAAAGGAGGAAAAAGAAGCAACAGAAAGAAGAGCCCCUAAAAGUGUAAUGAGAAAAAGUAAAGGAGUUAUCGAAGAUGAUAACUGGCGCUCCAUGAAGAAUGUAACUUCAGGUAGAAGAGUGGCAAAUGGAAGGUACCCUCAGGCCAGACAUAUCAAGAGAUAUUCAUCGCCUGAAGACGUAAGCAGUAGAGGAAGCAGUCAGUUACGUAGCCGAAAUGAACGAAACUACCGCAUCGAUAGGAAGCAACACAACCAACACAACCAUCACAACCAUCACAACCAUCACAACCAUCACAACCAUCACAACCAUCACAACCAUCAGAACCGUCGCAACUCCCAUCCGCGUGUCCCCCGUGCAGACGAAUCCGACAUGAGUAGUGAACGCGGCCCACUGUCGGAGAGCCAAAGUGAUUCUAGCUAUCGCACUGACUCCCCCUACCCAAGAGAAUCAAAAAGCAGAACAUUCAUCUCCGACAAGGAAGAGGCCAAAUCAUGGCGCAGGAAACAGGAACCUAUUGAUCAAGGAACUCACAAUUUAUCCUUUCGUCCCAGUCUCCUAAGUCGACAUGAAAAAGGAGCUUGCCAUCCAUGCGUCUACUAUUUUAUAGGUUUUUAUGGAUGCUCAAAUGGAAGAAGGUGUCUAAAUUGUCACCACGAAGAUCAUAGGAACCCUCACACCUUGUUUCAUCCCUCUCGACUUUUACACGUAAAGAAGUUGUGCGUUCCAUGUGCGAACUAUUUCAAGGGCGAAUGCACCAGACCCAUGCACGCCUGUGUGUACUGUCAUAAUGAGUCGCAUGCAGAGGAGGCAAAUUUGGGAAGAGGAGAUAGAGACAGCGGGGGAAAUGCAACACACAGAGAAGGCGUAGCCGCAAAAAGGGGGCUCCCCAAUGGGGGUACCAUCAAAGAAAAUAUUUCCGAAUAUAACAUUUCCAAAGAUAACAUUUCCAAAGAUAACAUUUCCAAAGAUAACAUUUCCAAAGAAAAUAUUUCCAAAGAAAAUAUUUCCAAAGAUAACAUUUCCAAAGAAAAUAUUUCCAAAGAAAAUAUUUCCGAAGAUAACAUUUCCAAAGAUAACAUUUCAAAAGAAAAUAUUUCCGAAGAAAACAUUUCAAAAGAAAACAUUUCCAAAGAUAACAUUUCCAAAGAUAACAUUUCCAAAGAGAAUAUUUCCGAAGAGGACCGCGCCAAAGUCAACCACCACGCAGGCAAGCAUUUCCAUUACGUCAAACAGGUCGGCUACAGAGAACGAGAUGCGCACGACAGGGGAGUCUGCCACCCGUGUACCUUCUACUUCUCAGGAAAUAAUGGGUGCUUAAAAAGGAAUCGAUGCCCAAAUUGCCACAAUAGAGAGCAUGGAGACAUUCAUUCAUCCUACCAUCCAUCGAAGCUCCUACAUUAUAAGGGAAUAUGCUACCCCUGUAUUGGGCAUAUGAAAGGAACGUGCAGGCGAAGGUCGUAUGAGUGUGUGUACUGUCAUAAUGAAGAACAUCUCUCGGAAGACAGGAAGGAUCAAAUGAGAAAGGUUAUCGAUUCGGUUACUGAGAAGAUGAAGGAAAGAAGGAGAGACAACCAGAACCUGUCCCAUGUGCAUAGAGAACAUAGAACCUAG